CACUGAAGUUUAAUAGAGAAACUGUGAGCUUCGGCUAGCCAGCUGUUCAACCGUAACCCCUCAUGAAUUUUGGAUAGCCCUCUUGCGUAAUUUCUGAUAUAAUAAAGGGUUUCUUCUUAAGAGCGGUAUAGGGCUAACGGACUAGAUUCCGCUGGGUGUCAAUAGUUAAGGCACAGACGAUUUCCUAGCAAUAUGUGCAGCACGAUGUCUUACCAACAGUCAGCAUUCCUUGUUGCCUGCCUCGGAAUCUUUACCAUCUUAUCGUUUUGUCACUGUUCUGAUCUCACAGAUGGAAAUGAAUAUUUACAAAAGUAUGACAAUACAAAACAAAAUGUUAAUAAACUGGCGGCGUUACUGGCUGAGGAACUGAUGAAAGAGAACAAUCCCCCACCGGAGGACCGAGAAAAGAGGGUGUUCUGUAACGGCUUCUUCGGUUGCUCUAAUGGUCGCAAGAGGUCCCAAUCAGGGUCUAUGGACAUUGCUCCUUUAAACUACCCCAUCGAUGAACCGGAAGAACAACCAAGCUUCCGGAAGCGACUCUUCUGUAACCAAGGGGGCUGUUUUGGAAAACGCUCAGGUCGAUUUAGGAGAUUUCUGGAAAAAAUUGAAAAGGCUAGCAAUCUGAAGGACUAACGAUGAAAAUAAUUCUCAUGAAAAGCUGUUCUAAUUCGUCCAUUAGUUGUUUUUGGAACAGUAUGAUGCUCCUGAAGUCUCGCCCAAAUUGAUAAAUCAACGUGAAUCUGUAACAACUUGAUAAUACCAGCAAUUUGAAAUUGAAUCAUUGAACGUAUAUAACAAUAAAGUGUGGGUUUAUAUCUUUUUUAGACGUGAAACUAUACAACGUAUAUAAUACAAUGGACUCAUAUAGCUUAUUUGUUCCCUCAACUUUUCUUUAUAAAUUGAAUUACAUUUUAUUGCAGAUUCUAAACAUUGAAUUGAAAGCCAUUCUACUGUUGUCUUAUUCAUAUCUUAUAGAAAAGUAUAUGUUUGUUAUUUUAUUUUCAUACUAUUAUUUAUAUACUGAUAUUU